AUGGCUUUUAUAGGCCAGGUGGAAUGUGGACUGACCGAAGGACAACGACAGUCGUGGGGACGUAAGAAGAGAGAAACAGACAAUUCCGUCCUAGAAUACGAAACAGCACGAUACAGAGUGCCCAAGCACGCCCGAGCAACCACAUCGAUCGUGAUCAUCGAUCCAUUGCAACAGGUUCAAGAACCAGUCAGUCUGGCACGCGCAUCAGCAAUCGAUUUCAUUCGUGAAGAAGCUGAAGAGAUCCCCGUGUCGACCGUUGGACAGAUGUGUCUAGCCAAGCCAACCUUGAUAGCCGUAUUUGGACUUCUUCUGACGUUAACGUCCGUACAAGCGAUCGUCGUUAUACAGUACCUCGUCAGACGACUGUAUCGUUCACAAACAAAACUCUGA